GUAUUGACGGAGGGAGGGUUUGGUCCCAUCACAACAGAAAUCCGUGAGGCUCCGGAGUUUUAUUACGCCGAAGAUUACCAUCAGCAGUACCUCAGCAAGAAUCCUGGAGGAUACUGUGGCCUCGGGGGAACAGGGGGACUUUGCUGUUCUGAUUGUUGUGAGAGUGUUAGUCCAAGACAGAUUGAAAUGCUGCUCCUUACUCUCUUCUGUUUAGCUUCUCUGAUCAGCAGCACCAAUGCAGGUGCAUUUUCUCAAUAUUUUAUGUCCAGAAGUGACCAGCAGAGUGGAGCUGUUGAGUGUGGCCUCCAACCAUCUUACAAGUCCUUCUGGAACACUGGCAAGAGUAUCACAGCAGGGAGAUUUGCCAAGGCUGGGGAGCUCCCGUGGCACGUGAGCGUCCAGAGCCAUGGAAAACAUAUCUGUGGAGGCACCAUCAUCAGUGCAUCGUGGAUUUUAACUGCUGCCCAUUGCUUUGAGGAAGAGCUGCCACCAGAUCUCACAGUUGUAGUGGGAGGAAUUGACCUCAGCCUCCAGCUGGAAGAACAUAAGCCAGACAGCUUGAUCCUCCACGAAAACUUCAGCAGAACGAGCAUGCAAAAUGAUAUUGCUCUGAUCCUGCUCAACUCUCCCAUCAAGUUCAGUGGGGAGAAAAUCCCCAUCUGCUUGCCCUUCACGUAUAACAUCAAUGCGUGGCAGGACUGCUGGGCUGCUGGCUGGGGAAACACAAUGACUGCAUCCCACGUGCUGCAGAAAGUGCCGAUGAAGCUCAUCAGCAAGAAGCAGUGCUUGGAGCAGAUCCCACAGCUCGGGGAGAACAUGGUGUGUGCUGAGAUGAAGCAAGGAGAAACAGACAGUUGCCAGGUGGACACCGGGGGACCUCUGGUUUGCCGCUCCUGGAAUGCUGUGAAGUGGUUCCAGAUUGGCAUCAUCAGCCAGGCACAAGAUUGUGCAGAAAAGCCAAAUUAUGAGACCUUAACAUCUGUUUUCAGCUAUCAUGACUGGAUGGAGAAGGAGACAGCCAUAAGGGGGAAACCUUUCUUCUCUGAAGGUGUGGACUAUGGUGCAAAUGUCGGGGUCAUUCGUUCAAGGGCGACACAGAUGGUGUUUCUGGAUUCUUGUCUCCUUUUAUCUCUCUCUAUAAUAGCAGUUAGAUUACUCUUGAGAAGAUUUUUGAAAACAUAA